GGGCAGCAGAGCCAGAGAGAAGAGAGAGCUCCAACUCCCGACCAGUAAGACAGACAGACAAGGCAAGGCAAGCAGGCAGGCAGACACACAGCCGGACCAUCAUGGACUGGAUGAGCGCAGAGAAAUCAGUAUCCGGAUGAGACAGGACGCCGUGGCUUCUGUUAAAAGGGGGGGGGGGAGUCUCUGCUGUAUUUCUGCGUGGAAUAACCGACAACCCUUUGGGAGAUUUAACCCCGUGAUACCCGUGAUGGAAUACCCACACUCUUCUCAUUCCCUAAUUUUACUCCUCUUCUUCUCAUCCUCCUCCUCCUCCUCCUCCUCCUCCUCCUCCUCUUCCUUCUUUACUUCCAUCACCUCCACCUCUUAUUCUCCUCCAUCCUCUCACAUUUUGACAUGCUGCUGAAGAUCCGCACGAAUGCGUCUUUUGCGCACUUGCAUUGCGACCGCCACUGAAAAGCGCCUGUGAUUUUUGUUUAGGAUUUUUUUCCCCCCGUUGUUCCAAGAAGACAAGAGAAGGGAGGACGAUAGGUUGGAUACCUGAGCGAAAGGCAAGGUGUGAAUUGAAUCCAACUCGGCGGUGCUGGUUUCGCGUUUCUCGCCUAUAGGGCCCGGAUGUACCGAGGGAUGCACCGGUGCGUUUUUCCAACCGGUUCCGCCGAAAGCUCCCUCUUUUUUCUCGCCUUCACCUCCAUCAUGGGAAUUAGGUAAUAUUCACUCCAUCCAAAGAGACUCCCAUAAACACAAACAACGGGAAUACCCCCCCAGAAACUGUCCGUGUCAGACAGUUGGUUCUUAUCCCCCCUCCCCACCCCUUUCCUCACCCCCUUUUUCUUCUUUGAUUUCUUUAUUUUUGGGGGGCUUGUUAUUUUCCCCUCCCUUUCCAUUCACCUAUAAGGAUAACGCCGGACUACAUUUAUGGUAAAUGAAAGCAAAAACAUGUACAUCCCGGAGGACACCCUUGAGAACCAUCAAGGCUCCGACUACUCUCCCCCUCCCCUUCCUCGGCCUCCUCCAGUUGGCUUGACGAACGAGCACAGAGGAGGCGGUAACCAUGGCGACCACAGCGGCGGGGGAGGAGGGGUCAACCGUGGGGUGGGUGUGGUUGGCCUUGCACCGGAGCACAUUCCCACCCCGGGAGCAGCCCUGAGCUGGCAAGCGGCCAUUGACGCCGCGCGGCAGGCGAAGAUGAUGGGCAAUGCUGCGUCAGGCGGAGGGGCGGGGCUUGGGUCGGGCGGGGGCGGCCCCAUUUCCACAGCCAGCUCCACGCAAAGGAAGAGACAACACUACGCUUCUAAACCCAAGAAACAAACCACAACGACAGCCACAAGGCCGCCGCGGGCCCUGCUUUGUCUCACACUCAAGAACCCCAUCCGCAGGGCGUGCAUCAGCAUCGUGGAGUGGAAACCAUUUGAGAUCAUCAUCCUGAUGACCAUCUUUGCUAAUUGUGUGGCCUUAGCCGUCUACAUCCCCUUCCCUGAGGAUGACUCGAAUGCCACCAACUCCAACCUGGAGCGCGUGGAGUACCUGUUCCUUAUCAUUUUUACUGUGGAGGCGUUCCUCAAGGUAAUAGCUUACGGCCUGCUCUUCCACCCCAACGCCUACCUGAGGAACGGCUGGAAUCUGCUCGACUUCAUCAUUGUAGUAGUAGGGUUAUUCAGUGCGAUUUUGGAGCAGGCCACAAAGGGAGAUGGGGCCACUCCGAUUGGAGGGAAGGCGGCAGGCUUCGAUGUCAAGGCUCUGCGGGCAUUCAGAGUACUAAGACCGCUCAGACUGGUCUCUGGAGUACCCAGUUUACAAGUCGUGUUGAACUCCAUAAUCAAAGCCAUGGUUCCUCUGCUCCACAUCGCCCUCCUGGUUCUCUUCGUCAUCAUCAUCUACGCCAUCAUCGGCCUGGAGCUCUUCAUGGGCAAGAUGCACAAGACCUGCAUUUACAACCAUUCAGGUACAAAUGCAGAGGAAAAACCAGCACCAUGUGCACCUGACGGCGCUUACGGUCGGCACUGCAUGCAGAACGGAACGAAGUGCCAAGUGGGUUGGGAAGGCCCAAAUGAUGGAAUCACCAACUUUGACAACUUUGCCUUUGCCAUGCUGACAGUGUUCCAGUGCAUAACCAUGGAAGGCUGGACGGACGUGUUGUACUGGAUGCAGGAUGCUAUGGGCUAUGAGCUGCCAUGGGUCUAUUUUGUCUCUCUUGUCAUCUUUGGCUCAUUUUUCGUUCUCAACCUCGUUCUGGGUGUGUUGAGCGGAGAGUUUUCCAAGGAAAGAGAGAAGGCCAAAGCACGUGGCGACUUCCAGAAACUACGAGAAAAACAGCAACUGGAGGAGGACCUUAAGGGCUAUUUAGACUGGAUCACUCAGGCUGAAGACAUCGACCCAGAGAAUGAAGAGGAGGGCUUGGACGAUGACAAACCCAGAAACCUGAGCAUGCCAGCCAGUGAAAAUGAAUCAGUCAACACAGAUAACGCUCCCGGGGGAGAUGUGGAGGGGGAGACCUGCUGCACCAGACUGGCAAUUAGGAUCUCCAAAUCCAAGUUCAGUCGCUACUCUCGGAGGUGGAACAGGUUGUGUAGGCGAAAGUGUCGAGCAGCAGUCAAGUCCCAGGUUUUCUAUUGGCUGGUCAUCUUCCUGGUUUUUCUCAACACCCUGACCAUCGCCUCUGAACAUCACAAGCAGCCUCAGUGGCUAACAGACGUGCAAGAUAUAGCAAAUAAAGUAUUACUAGCGCUCUUCACUGGUGAGAUGCUCCUAAAGAUGUACAGUCUUGGUCUACAGGCGUACUUCGUGUCGCUCUUCAACAGGUUCGACAGCUUCGUUGUGUGUGGAGGAAUACUAGAGACCAUUCUAGUUGAAACAAAGAUCAUGUCUCCUCUUGGCAUCUCAGUGUUACGUUGCGUACGCCUGUUGAGAAUAUUUAAAAUAACAAGAUACUGGAACUCUCUCUCCAACCUCGUGGCCUCCCUACUCAACUCCGUUCGUUCCAUUGCCUCCCUGCUGCUCCUGCUCUUCCUCUUCAUUAUCAUCUUCUCCCUGCUGGGCAUGCAGCUCUUUGGGGGGAAAUUCAACUUUGACGACACCAGACGGAGCACCUUUGACAACUUUCCCCAGUCUCUGCUCACUGUGUUCCAGAUUCUAACAGGAGAAGACUGGAACUCUGUUAUGUAUGACGGCAUCAUGGCGUACGGAGGCCCGUCUUUUCCUGGCAUGCUGGUCUGCAUCUACUUUAUCAUCCUCUUCAUCUGCGGAAACUACAUCCUACUGAAUGUCUUCUUGGCCAUCGCUGUCGACAAUCUAGCAGAUGCUGAGAGUCUGACAUCGGCUCAGAAAGAAGAGGAGGAGGCGAAGGAGAGGAAAAAACUGGCCAGGCUUGCCAGUCCAGAGAAGCGUCAGGAUAACGAGAAGCCCCCGAUAGAGGAAAAGAAGUGUGAGAAGAUUGAGCUGAAGUCCAUCACUUCUGAUGGAGAAACCAACACUGCAACUAAGAUCAACAUGGAUGACUGCUGUGGAGAUGAAAAUGAAGAGAAGAACCCAUAUCCUGUGAAUGAUUACAUAGGAGAUGAGGAUGAGGAGGAGCCAGAGAUGCCAGUGGGCCCGAGGCCGCGGCCGCUCUCUGACAUUCAGCUGAAAGAGAAGGCCGUUCCCAUGCCCGAGGCCCGCGCCUUCUUCAUCUUCAGCCACACCAACAAAUUCAGGGUUCUGUGCCACAAGAUUGUCAACCACAACAUCUUCACCAAUCUCAUCCUAUUCUUCAUCCUGCUCAGCAGCAUCAGUCUGGCGGCAGAGGAUCCAGUCAAGAACGACUCUUUCAGAAAUCAGAUCUUGGGCUAUGCAGAUCACGUCUUCACUGGACUCUUCACCAUUGAGAUCAUUCUUAAGAUGACAGCCUAUGGAGCCUUCCUCCAUAAAGGUUCAUUCUGUAGAAAUUAUUUCAACAUUCUGGACUUAGUAGUGGUCAGCGUUUCUCUCAUCUCUUCUGGAAUACAACUAGACUUCUCGACGUCCAGUGCAAUUAAUGUUGUAAAGAUCCUGAGAGUCCUGCGAGUGCUGAGACCGCUGAGAGCCAUCAACAGAGCCAAAGGACUAAAGCAUGUCGUGCAGUGUGUUUUUGUGGCCAUCAGAACCAUCGGCAACAUCGUCAUCGUCACUACAUUGCUCCAGUUUAUGUUUGCCUGUAUUGGAGUGCAACUAUUCAAGGGAAAGUUCUUCUACUGUAGUGACAGCUCCAAACAGACUCAGGCAGAGUGCAGAGGUUCCUACAUCAUGUAUAAGGAUGGGGAUGUGGGGAAACCAGGAAAAGCCCAGCGAAUCUGGGAAAACAGCGACUUCAACUUUGAUGAUGUCCUGCAGGGAAUGAUGGCUUUGUUUGCCGUGUCUACGUUUGAGGGCUGGCCCGGGUUGCUCUACCGAGCCAUAGACUCUCACGCUGAAGAUGUCGGUCCAAUCUACAACUACCGCGUGGUCAUUUCGAUCUUCUUCAUCAUCUACAUCAUUAUCAUCGCCUUUUUCAUGAUGAACAUUUUCGUCGGUUUCGUCAUCGUCACAUUUCAGGAGCAAGGAGAGCAGGAGUAUAAGAACUGUGAGCUGGACAAGAACCAGCGUCAGUGUGUGGAGUACGCCCUGAAGGCUCGCCCUCUGCGUCGCUACAUCCCCAAGAACCCUUACCAGUACAAGGUGUGGUAUGUGGUCAACUCUACCUACUUCGAGUACCUGAUGUUCACUCUCAUCCUCCUCAACACCAUCUGUCUGGCCAUGCAGCACCAUGGACAGACCAAAAAUUUCAAUGAUGCAAUGAACAUCCUCAACAUGCUCUUCACAGGACUGUUCACAGUAGAGAUGAUCCUAAAAUUAAUCGCCUUCAAGCCCAGGGGGUACUUUAGUGAUCCCUGGAAUGUGUUUGAUUUCCUCAUCGUAAUUGGCAGCAUAAUAGACGUCAUUCUCAGUGAGAUCAACCAUUAUUUUGUUGAUGCAUGGAACACAUUUGAUGCCUUGAUAGUUGUGGGUAGCAUUGUUGACAUAGCGAUCACUGAGGUUAACCCAGCUGACUCGUCCUCGUCCUCCUCCUCCUCCUCUUCGUCCUCCUCUUCCUCUUCUUCCUCCUCUCACCCCCAUGUGGUAAGGCCAAUGGGACUUCAGAAUUCUGAAGAGAACGCCAGGAUCUCCAUCACCUUCUUCCGGCUGUUCCGCGUGAUGAGGCUGGUGAAGCUGCUAUCUCGCGGGGAAGGGAUUCGGACCCUGCUGUGGACCUUCAUCAAAUCUUUCCAAGCUCUGCCUUAUGUAGCUCUGCUAAUAGUGAUGCUCUUCUUCAUAUACGCCGUCAUCGGUAUGCAGAUGUUUGGUAAGAUAGCGCUGCGGGACAACACGCAAAUCAACAGGAACAACAAUUUCCAGACAUUCCCUCAGGCAGUGCUGCUGCUCUUCAGAUGUGCAACUGGUGAGGCGUGGCAAGAAAUUAUGCUGGCGUGUUCUCCCAAACACCCAUGCGAGAAAGGGUCGACCAAUGAAAACAGCACAACCCAUGACGAUUGUGGCAGCCAGUUUGCCAUCAUUUACUUUGUCAGCUUCUACAUGCUGUGUGCCUUUCUGAUCAUCAACCUUUUUGUGGCCGUAAUAAUGGACAACUUUGACUAUCUGACACGUGACUGGUCAAUUUUGGGGCCUCAUCAUCUUGAUGAGUUUAAGAGAAUCUGGGCCGAAUACGACCCAGAGGCUAAGGGGAGGAUAAAACACCUUGACGUGGUCACCUUGCUCCGGAGAAUUCAGCCUCCCCUCGGUUUUGGAAAGCUCUGUCCACACCGGGUGGCAUGCAAGCGCCUGGUAUCGAUGAAUAUGCCUCUGAACAGCGAUGGAACGGUUAUGUUCAAUGCCACACUGUUUGCUUUGGUCAGAACUGCACUCAGGAUCAAGACAGAAGGUAAUCUGGAGCAGGCUAAUGAGGAGCUAAGAGCAAUUGUGAAAAAGAUCUGGAAGAGAACUAGCAUGAAGCUGUUGGAUCAAGUAGUGCCCCCUGCUGGUGAUGAUGAAGUAACAGUUGGAAAGUUCUACGCCACCUUCCUCAUUCAAGAAUAUUUCCGCAAGUUUAAGAAGAGAAAAGAACAAGGCCUGGUGGCCAAGGUGCCUCCAAAAACUGCCCUUUCUCUGCAGGCGGGCCUGCGGACGCUUCAUGACAUCGGUCCAGAGAUCAGAAGGGCCAUCUCUGGAGACUUGAACGUGGAGGAGGAGAUAGAUAAAGGCAUGAAGGAAUCCGUGUCAGCUGCAUCUGAGGAUGAUAUCUUCAGGGUAAAGCGAACAGGUGGCUUGUUUGGAAACCACGUCAACUACUACAACCAGAGUGACGGCCGUGGGUCCUUUCCGCAGUCCUUCACCACUCAACGUCCCUUGCACAUAAGUCAGAAAGGCUCUCCGUGCGAAGGGGAAAGCCCAUCACAUGAGAAGCUUAUGGACUCGACCAUGUUCACCCCUUCGUCAUACUCCUCAUCAGGUUCAAACGCCAACAUCAACAACGCCAAUAACACUGGAAUGACUGGAGUGACGACCCAGGGCGUCAGUCGAUUCCCAAGUCCGUCCAUAAGCACGGUGGAUGGGCACACAGGCCAGCCCCUCACACCCAUCCUACUACCUAGAUCAGCAUGGUGUUUCCCUCCAAAAAGGAUGUUUUAUGACACCCUCAUGCGCUCGGACUCGAGUGACAGUCGUCUGCCAAUCAUCCAGAGAGGGGAGGGGUCAACAGAGGAGACGUACGAUGAGAGUUAUGGUGACGACAGGGUGUACGAGGACGAUGAGCACUCACUUUCUUCUGACAUGUUGGUGUAUCAUGAUGAAACAUGUAAACAGCUCACUCCUAUGGAGGAAGCAGAAGAAGUAGAGGAGAAAAAAGGAGGAGGAGGUUGGCAGUCUCCACGAAGAGUCUUCUUCUGUCCAACUACCCUGGCACGGAGAUCUUCCUUCCAUCUGGAGUGUCUCCGGAGGCAGACAAGGCCAGAUGUCUCGCAGAAGACUGCUGUACCUUUACAUCUUGCACAUCACCAGGCUCUUGCAGUGGCAGGUUUGAGUCCCCUUUUGAGAAGGAGUCACUCACCUACCCUCUUCAGCCGACUGUGUUCCACGCCUGCAGCUAACCCCACAGACCAAUGCAGUGAUGCCUCCUACCAGCGAGUUCCUUCUCUAAGACUAGAGGGCUCCAACUCUCAUGAAAAGCUCAAUACCAGCCUGCCUUCUGUAAAUUGUGGGCCCUGGUACAACGACAGUAAUGGGAAUAGCCCAGUGGACAGUCCUAGCCCUACGCCGGCGUCCAGUCAAAGGGCACCCCGGCCAGUGUCACUCACUGUACCAUCGCUUUUGGGGAAGGACCCCAGCUCGCUGUCUCAUGGCAGUGCAGGCAGUCUAGUGGAAGCGGUUCUUAUAUCAGAAGGUUUGGGUCAUUUUGCCCAGGACCCUUCUUUCAUUGAGGCAACCAAAGCCGAGUUAGCUGAUGCCUGUGACAUGACCAUUGAGGAGAUGGAGCAGGCAGCCAGCAACAUUCUCAACGGCAACACCGCCACAAACCCCACAUCAAGCACCUCUUCCACCUCUCAGCACAGCCCUAACGGCAGCCUCCCCUGCCACAAUGCAGCGGCAGCAGCUGCAACGCACAGGGACCGAGACGCCGGCAUGAGUCCCGACGAUGCGGGGGCAGAGGCUGGAGGGGGCAGGGGCUACAUCCACGGUCCAUCCUCUAUAGAGGAGCGACAGGAACUGCUAGCUAGAGGGGGAGGGCGAGAAGAGGAGGAGGAAGAGGCAAAUGUGAGGGAAGAGAGGCCCCACAGAAGUUCAGCUGUGGUCGCAGGAGCACGGCAGAAGAACAGCAGGCUUUUGGAGGAUGAGGAUUUGGAGUGUGUGACGAGCUUGUAGGUGCCGCCUCGGCAGCUUUGAUCAGCAAACUGGCCCAUCAGAGGCUGAGGUUUGUCAGUGAUGGCAAACAGUGCGGCGGCUGGCUGGCUCACUCUGUCACUCUGGACAAUGGCGGCCAGCGAUGCACCUUUAACACAACAAGACUUUUGUCGGGUUUAAUUGAGUUAGUAUGUGUGUCUGCAGUAAAGUAUAUCAGACUAUAUACUAUCUGAGUGUGUGCUUCUGUGUGUCUGUGUGUGUGUUUUUCUCUAUUUGUACUCGUAUGUGUGUGUUCACCACACGUGUCAGAGUGUGGCUCUAAAGUGCCUCACAGUUUUAUCAUGUCCUCAACCUGGAAUGAGCAGGAAAAUGGAGGCAAGCAAAAAAAAAGACAAAGGACUGUCUGAAUGGAAGAAAGAUCAAACAAAGAAGCAGGAAGUCCUUUUAUGGACUUUAUGUUAAUGUUUUCAUUUCCUAUGCCUAAUUUAGUGGUGUGUUAUUGUUGUCUGACUGGCCGCCAUGACGCCAGGUAGAGGACAAGAGACCAGCUCAUGGAGGGUCACUUGAAGAUUACCAUCUGACCACAGCCCCACCUGUGGUUAAAGGUCAACUCGUUCUUCGUUCAACGAUGAAGCGCUGUAUUGUGUAAAAUGGGGACAAGAAUGCCCCAUUUAAAUCCCGUUUCUCCUCCUCUUCCAAAGCUACAGGAACCUGGAGCACAGUCCUGCCAGCCCGAGAGUGGAUUUAGGGGGACACGCUGCCCCCAGCCAGGUGUGGGAGGGAGGAUUGGAGGAAUGAUUUGGCAGCCACAACAGGGCUGUAACAGGAAGGGGGGAAUCUUUCUGGCCAACAGGGAGAUAGCUGGCUCUUUUUUUCUCAGCUGGUUUUCUCAACUGGACUCCAGCAUGAGACCAACUCACCUCGACGUAGCUCCAUCACAUCCACCCUUUCCUUGUUUGGCUCCACCAAUCAGGAAACUAGAGGAGCGACUGGUGGAUAAGCAGAGACAGAAAGCCCCCCCGCCCCCCUUCUCUGCCUCAUACCUCACUGUUCCUCACUCCUUUCUCUAUCCUAUCCUUCCUCCCUCUCCUUUGCUAUCUUACAACCACUCACCCCUUAUAGCUGGAUUUGUGUGCUUUUUUCAGCACUUGAGGAGGCGAGUGUUUGUCAUGCAGGGCUACCCAGAUGGUAAAGUGGAGGGAAGAAUGGGAGUGACCAAUUGAAAGGAAGAAAUAAAAAGAACACUCUGGUCUAGGGGUGGGGGUGUUCCGCAGCAGAAAUGCCGUCAAUCAACCUCACUUCCUUCUCUGGGGCACCUCCUCUUCCUGUCAGCUUGGAUUCCUGUCGGAUUUGCUGCCACACACUCUUUCUACAGACCGUGCCCACUAUGUAUUUAACAGUUCAAUAUUGUGCAAAACUGGCUAGCCAUGACAAUAUUUUGUUUUAUAUUCAUGACGUAAUUGUUUUAAUUUAUCUUUGAUUUGUUUGCACAAUCGGGGUGCUGGUCUUACAAAUGUAUUUUUGCUCGGUUUAUUUUUAGGAAAAAUUUUUAGAGGUUUUAAGUAUCGAAGCAGGGCGUAGUGUGUGCGGGCGAGUGUACCUAUAAAUGUGUGUGCAUAUGCGUGUCUGCAUUUUAGUACAACUUAUGAGUGUGUGAGAUUGAGUGUGUGUGUGGGAGGGUCUUUCUCUCUAUCUGUAUGCACCUUUUACAGAUUCUAUUUAUUUAUUUAUUUUUUCCAGAAGAGAAAAUCUGUGGGGAAUGUGGGCGUGUGUGUGUGUGUGUGUGGUUUCUUGUGUACUAUAAAAAGCUGAUUUUAAGCCUAUACAGUAAAUUAAGGUAGCAUUACAAGUAUGUUAUGUGUGUGAGGGUGUGUCUGUGUAGAAAUGGGCCUCCUUAACACAGGGUUAACAUGGACAGGCAUACUUCCAAAGCUUUGUGGUUACUUUAGCACGGUUUUUACUUUUCUUAGCCAAGUGGCAGAGAGAAAAGUGUCAUUUUGAACUCUAGUCAUUGCAUAGCUUUUCUUUACUCCCCCAUUUGGAUAUAGGCGGGGAUGAAGCAGAUAAAACUGCUGAUCAGGAAGUGUAUAGUAUUUGACCAGAGGUUAGGAAGCCUUUCACAUAGGGAUGUCUUAAUCAGAAGUAUUUGCCUCCAGUAAACAAUUCAAACAAUACAAAAAUAUUGGCAUUUUGCCAAUACAGAAUGAAAGUUCAAAAGUUAAUCAAGAUUGAUACCAUGUAUAUGCCUGAAAACCAAUAUGAAUAUUUUCAAAUUGUCACUUUAUUGCAAUCGUCUUGAAUAAAUCAUUAAUUAACUAUGAUAAAUUGCCUUUUUCAGUGCUAUUUUCCCAGCACAAUUACAUUUAAAAAUCACUUAAAUGGAACCUGUGAUGACACAAAGUAGGCUAAAACAUGUCCAAGUCUAAAAAAAAAAAAUCAAGAACAGAAGAGAAACAAAGUCAGUGACAUCUCAAUACAGCCUAGAGAGGGUUACCGUAAUUUCCCUACUCCAGCAAACCACCAGGGGCCACAUAAUCCACAAACACAGAACAGGGAUAAAUCUUCCCAGGAGUGGCAAAAGAAAUUAUCAUUUGAAAACUGCAUUUUGUAUUCACUCAGGUAAUCUUUUUUACUGAUAUUAAAAAAUCUUUGGUUAUCUGAGAUAUUUAGGUUUAUUUAGGCAAAUAGCCAAAAGCAGAAUAAAUCUCAAAGAAAACAAAUAGUUGUCAAAACCCUGUCUUGUAUCAAUUUGAAAACGGGAUAAAUCCAUUAUCAAUUAUUAAUUCACCUAUGAUUCAGUAUUUUAGGGGACAUGUGGCAACUUUAUACACCAACAACACUCUGGACAUAACGUUAGAUAUUUUCUCACUAAAGCAGUUUCUGCAGGACCAUCCUAUGUUUAACAUAUAUCUGACUUGGUACAUAUAGAUAGCUUUCAAUAAGCUCACAUGUUGCUAACGCUUAUGUUUUCAUGCAGAGUAGUUUGCUGUAGUGCUAAGCAAAUGCUAGCAGGUUUACUCUCUGUUUUGUUAAAAGUUGUUUAUAAUAUGGCUCGUAGAAUAUUCCAGUAUGGUUCCAGCUCAUCAUCUUUGAACAUACCUUGCAUAAGAAGUUGUUCCUCUGCUUAGGACACCUAAAAUCUACCACUAUUUUUGGUCUCAGGAGUUGAGUUCAGUGUUCAGACUCGGGAUAUCCCUAAUUACUACAGUUGCAAUUGUCCUUAUUCAUAACGACAGAAAAGUUUAAAUUUAUACUGCCACAGUGACACAUCCACGAUUAAUUAGGGCUGUUGUCCAGUUGCUGCAAGGCUUUUAAUAAAACCUCUUUGAGACUCCCAUCACAAAAAUAUUUUGUUCCCAACACACAAUCGAGAAACAUGGAUUUUCAGAGUGAUUUCAUCCACUGGUUACAUUGGUUGCUGGAUAAAUUGUAAUACAACCUAGUCAUUUGUCAUGUACAAUUGUGCAUCAGGAAAAAUUAUUUGGUCGCCUUGAAGGGAGAACGACUAUAAGAUUUUUUUGUCUCCAACUAAAUAGCAGGUUAUUUCUUUUAGAAUAAAUUCACAUUUAGUACUUAAUUAUAAAGUGGAUCUACUUGAGACAAGGUCAUAGCAUGUUUUGAUCUGAGAUGCAGCUUUUUGAGGAACUUUUGAGUAUUUUUUUAAACAAACAAUUUAGAUAAGCAUCUUAAUGCAAAGAGAAUUAAGUAAAAUUGCUAAAAUUUAACUCAGAUGUAAAUACAUCAAAAUAUUUGAUUGAAACAGCUAAAGCUGAACCAAAGUCGUAUAUAUUUUUAAGCCAUUACUGACAACUGUAAUUUUAACUAAAUUCCAACAUGUUGGAAAAGUUUUUGUCAUCCGAUGUCCCAUUUAUAUAAAUAAAACUGAAAUAAAUUACAGCUCUCACUGAAACACCAUCAUAUAUCAACAUAGGCCCAAAAGAUUUUUUUUUUCUUGGAUUUCCCAUCACUCUACAUGUGAAACAAAGCAGGUUUGUGGCAGCGGAGAGUAUGCAUAAACACACUGCCAUACACUGCAUCCUGUGCCAGUAACAGACUUCUGUCAUUAUUAUGCAAUCUAAAUGUGAAUGUUGAGUGGGUUUAUAGCUGCAGUGCUGUUACCGUCUUGUGUUUUUGAUCAUACCCUGAAGUCUGGGUCCUCACCUUCCCAAACUUCCAUAGGAGCCUGCGGCUUCAUUAAGAUGACCUUAGCAUUUCUUACAGUUAAUCUGAACCCAUCUGGAAACCCAAACUGAAAGUCCAUUUCUGGGCCAUUUGCUCAUUUAUGUUUUAAGCUGUUUCAACUGAAUGUCUAAGGUGGAGAGAUAUGGUUUGUUUGAACCCUGAGCAGCAUUUAAAUUCAGAUAAAAUAAGCACUGUAUCAUUGUGUCUUGGUUUCUGUUUUUUGUUGUUGAAAUAGUUUGGAAGACGCUACUCUUAAAUAUUUAUACUCAUCUACUGACAGAUAUGGGGACUGUCUCAAUGACAGAUGUUAUAUAUACUGUAAUUUAUUUAUGGUGAAAAAUGUUCACUUCUUUUGUCCUGACACAAAGCAGUAUGCGCAUAUCAGAAGUGCCCCACCAGACUUGCUUUGUGUCUUUCUUUUGCCAGUGUGAGAGAUUCAGAGCCUUGUGGCGUCCCCGUGUGAAGUCAAGCAGCAUUGCCGUUAGCAUGACCGUUGAGGUGUUGUGUUGCAGUACAAGAUAUGCAAAAACAAUGCAAUAACAAUGACUGUGUACAAAGUUCCUGAAGUAAACGUGUGUUAAAGUCUACAAAAGAAAUCGAAAAUCUGCUUCAAGAUGUGUCAUUUUCUCAUUAACUCAGUGGUUUCCACAUUACAAAAAACCUAAAAUACUUGAAAUCAGAUACAUUACAGUGCAGUAUAGUUAAGUUGUAUUUAUCUGUCUUUUGUUGCACUAGAGUUUUGGUUGAAUCUGACCUGCAAACAGUGUUUUUCAUGCUGCUGAAAAACAAUCUAGUUACAGCCGAGUCACAGUGAAAAAACAUUCUUUGUUUUUCAAUAAGCAGAAAAACGCAGCUCGCUUUAUUGUUCCUGUCUCGACCCCUUUCUGGAUUUGUCUGUUUUGCUUUUUAGGUGUAUUUCUGAAUGAGUUAAACUCUUUUCUUCAGAUUCAUCGGCAUCGAAUGAAGUCUGCAUGUUGAUUUGUUGUUUCAUACUCAUUACGCAUCAUAUCACCUUGACAAACAGUAGCGUUUUCUACCUAUAGUGCACAUUACAACAUUGGACUUGUGGCAGAGAGAUGUCUGGAAGAUGAUUUUGCAUAUCUUGUGUCUUAUGGGGCUUGUUUUAUACUUUCUGAUAUCCUGAGGUACCGAAAGAUACUAAAACAUUAGUACGCAGAAUACAUUAGCUCCCAAGCCUAAACAGGCGUUUCUAACACGAGUUUAAUUUUGCUUGUCUUUAAUAAUUUGCUCUGCAGACCUACAGAAGAUGAACUGUUUCUAGUAAAAGGACCAAAAAGUUCAUAUUUUCUUCAUAAACGUAUUUUUUACCAGGCCAACGGUAAUUAUGUUAAGUGGCAAAUAUGACAAAUUUUAUGAAUACUACACAUAUUAAUCCAAAGCAUUGUAAUUUGUUUCUGUUUUCUGUGCUGGUUCCAUCCACCAAAUGAAAACUAUGGAUCAGUUACAUUGCUAAACCCGUUCCUACUCCUGCCUUUCAUGAAUCCCUGUUGUCUUUAUGUACAUUUGGAGUAGCAGUGUGUCAGACUGAUUUACUCAGUCCAUACUUUGAUGAAAAUUACUCCCUCUGCAGGUCAAAGUGAAAUAAUAUACUGAAGUGAAAGCAAAGAUUGAUAAAUGCUUGCUUUUCCCCCUAUCCCACUUUUGACAGAAUCAUGACAAUCUGGCGAUUGAUGACAAUGGGAAGGCUAUUUUGGAAAGUAUUUGAGGGAAUGAUAUUUGGAACUUUUUGGGUGGCUUAAGUUCUUACAUGGUGGAUUAUAUAAAAAAAUAACGUUCACAUGCAUGAGGCUCUCUCUCUUUAGAGGUAUAAAGUAUUGGUCUUCUAUAGCGGAUUAUAUCUUUUGUCUCACCACUAGCUAAAGAUUGUAUAUUUUUAUAUACUAUAUAUAGCAAAAAUGUAUACAAAUAUAAAUAUUUAAUCACAAGAAUGUCAAAAUAAGGAGCAGGAAGGGGACCUAUAUGAGAAUGUAUCUGGGUUGGAUGUCUUAUUAGGGCCUAAUUAUAGGUGGCACUCCCAAUACGUUGACUGUGUUUUUAGCCAAGAGUAAAACAAGAAAUAAUAUGGUUUUCUGAAGAAAAAUAUAACAUCGUUCAUUGUUGCACAUGAGAAGCUUGCCAAGAGAAACAAAAUUGUUCGCAACAUUUCUGGAAAUUUUUUAAAAAUAUUGCUUAUUGGAAGGUUUUCAUGGGAAUUGAUGCUAAUAAACAGGAAAUUGGGGACAUAAGUAAAAGUAUUUUCCAUAGUAGACAUACAUAAAACAUAUGUUAGUUAAACAAUAAUACCUUACCUUAAAUUUAUACGAAAAUACAAUCAAAAUUUUAAGUAGUACAAGGAAUCAAAUGUAUGGCUUUAAUCUUCUGGUGCUCUGGGGUCAAACAUGUGACCUUAAUUCAGUUCAAAUCAAUUAUCCAUAAUGGCCCAGGUUUUUUCCAACCUAAUUUUCUUGUUAAAAGGCAAACAUUGUAGUUUUUUAAACUUUACAUUCACUCCUACAAAUUCCUGUUAAUCUCCAUGGAGUUUCCAACUUGGAAAAUUCCUGAAAUUUUGCAACUACUUUUGUGUAAUUUAUAUACAAAGUAAUCCGAGGAUGUUGGUAACCAUUUCAAUCAUUCUGCUGCAUUUCGGAUUUUUCAGUCCUACAAAUACAGCAAAAUGUUGGGUCAGAAAAAGACUAAGUGAAAACAGUGGAGGUCUGAUCACCAUUAGUGUUUCAACUUCGGUAAAAAAAAAAAAAGGUGGCCCUUUGUUUAAAUGUUAAA